UCGGGGUGUGACAAGCGGCGGAAGUUAACAGCCAAAAGGCGCCAACAGCGUUAGCUUUACGAAUGUGUGGAAGUUUGUGAUGACAGUUGUGUCUUCGGGGCGCGGAUCAGUAACUUCAGUUGAAGCGAGCAUGUCUUCAGCUCAGUGUCUGAAACUGUUUAUAAACGAGCGACUGACUGCUGCUGCCGAAGAAAUAUUCUCAGAGUUUAAAAAAACCAUCGUCCAGUACGAGGAGGAGAUCGACCGUCAGCGCAAACAGCUGGAAAACAUCUGGAAACCACAGAUAACACAACACGCAACAGAAUUCCCACAACAACAUGCCUGUAACAGAAAGGAGGUUCUCACUGACAAGCAUCCCUGUAACCAGGAAAGGGACUCCAGUUUGAACCAGGAGGUUCAGACUGAGCCUUCACAGAUUAAAGAGGAGCAGGAGGGACUCUGCACCAGCUUGGAGGGAGAACAGUUUGUCCUGAGGCUGGAGUCUUCUGAAGAAAGUGACGACAGUGAAACAAAACCAGACAAUGACCCAUUUGCCUUUCACGUCUCCACUGUAACAAAGAGCCGUGUACGAAAAAGAAAGAGGAAUAUAGACUUAAGAUCAAGGAGAAAGGCAGCAGUAAAGCCAAAGAAGAGACCUCUCAAAGAAAGAAUUCAAAAUGACAUGAAAAAAAAACGUCCUGUGUCAGAGAGUCACUGUGCUACUGACACAAAGACGGAAAGAAUGGCCGUCAAAUGUGACGUUUGUGGAAAAGGAUUUAAAUAUAAGUCGGCAAUGAGUUAUCAUCGCAGAACACACACAGGUGAGAAGCCAUACGCUUGCAGUACUUGUGGGCAAAAAUUCACUCGAAAGUCAUCAAUUACGUAUCACCAAAGAAUCCACACAGGCGAGAAGCCUUAUGCUUGUGAAAUAUGUGACAAACGUUUCAGAGCUAAUAUUGGCUUGGUAGCACACACGAGGACUCACACAGGUGAAAGGCUGUAUUCAUGCGAAACGUGUGGAAAAACUUUUACCCAACUCGGCCAUUUGAGGUGCCACAAAAAAAUUCACACAGGUGAAAGACCUCAUUCUUGUCAGACAUGUGGAAAAAAAUUCAUGCAGCUCUGUCAUUUGUUGCGCCACACGAGAAUCCACACAGGCGAGAAGCCUUAUCCUUGUGCGACGUGCGGCAAAAGAUUCAAUCAGAGUGAAAUUCUGAGUGUCCACAUGAAAACUCACACAGAUCACAAACCCUGUAUCUGCAGCAUCUGUGGAAAAAAAUUCAAGGCUGCAUCACCGCUGAUGCGACACAUGAGAACUCACACAGGGGAAAAGCCAUAUUUUUGUGAAAAAUGUGGGAAAAAAUUUGCUCAGCAUGAACAUUUGUUGCGCCACAUGAAGACUCACAAAGGUUAGAAGUCAUAGUCCUGAUACAUCAGCCUUGAACGAACCUUGAAAACAAUGUCAAAAAGGAUUCAGAUGAAUAGCAGUCCUUUCAGGUUUAAAGGGCCUUUACACUGCUUUAACAAUCACUCUGUGAGUUUGUUACAUUGUGAGAAAUGGAUCUCAUAAGCCCUGGCAAACUGUCCAGUGGAUUCGUGGUGAUUCUUAGAGAAGCACAAUAAAUUUGCAGAAGUAAGACAACUCACCGCUAAGAAAAAAACCUCAGGAUUAUUUAAAUUAAUAAGCUGGUUAUCAAAUCAGGCUGCACAUUGGAGUAGUAGUUAGCACUUUCGCCUUGCAGCAAGAAGAUCCAAGGUUCAAAUCCCGGCCUGGGCCUGGGAUCUUUCUGCAUGGAGUUUGCAUGUUCUCCCUGUGCAUGCAUGGGUUUUCUCCGGGUACUCCGGCUUCCUCCUAGCCUAGCCGCACUAGACCCAGCUCUUAAGACACAAGGGUCUAGGAACGCUCGACAGGGAGGGAGGCGGGCUAAAAGGUUGUCUUUCAAAUCACUCUGCAGCAGUUGGGUAGGCAUACAAGCAAUCAGCGCAACGAAUAGGCUGACGUAGUUCCUAGAGCGCCGGUGGAUUGUGGCUAAGUCCCAUUAGCUUCCCAACCAGCGGAGCCAACUGGUAUAUUAAGGAUUUGCCAUAUCCCGUCGGCAUAAGUCCAAAUACGUCUUUCUUCUCAAUGAAACACUUCAGUGCCGUCCUUUGUUUAUCUUUCAAGUUGAAUUUUAGCUUCAAAUCUUUAAGGGCUGUGGCCAAAGCCGAGUCGAAAGAUAACUGUUUAUUGUGCGCCGGUUGUUUCUGUCAGAAUCGUCACGCCUCUGUCGUCACUUAGUUACGCCCGCCUUCUGACUCUACACUUCAUGGUGAUUGGUCCGGCCAGUUUUAGGAGCAUCCAACCUCGAGCCUUAUGGAGGGUAACUAGACCCACCCUGGCAGAGAAUUAAAUUCGUUGCCGUGGGUUGUCUAGCGCGGCUAGGCUAGCUUCCUCCCACAGUCCAAAAACAUGCUGAGGUUAAUUGAUUACUCUAAAUUGUCCGUAGGUGUGAAUGUGAGUGUAAUAGUCUGUAUAUGUAGCCCUGUGACAGACUGGCGACCUGUCCAGGGUGUCCCCUGCCUUCACCUGAGUCAGCACGCCCCACGACCCUAGUGAGGAUAAAGUGGUGUAUAGAGAAUGGAUGGAUGGUUGUCAAAUCUUUUUGUGAUCCCUGAUUUAACAAAUGAACUCGAGUUUAACCAUCAAUGUUUGUAUUUUUUAAGUGAAGUACUUUGGGAAAUGUCAUGUUAUGGUCAUAUGUGUGUAAAUCUGCUACAGUGCUGUUAAUCAUGCUGAAAUGUGAUGUAUUUCUACAGUGAUGCUUUGUAAAUCUUUGUAUGAAGAUGAGAAAUAAAGCCAGUUUCCUGUUCAGUAUCAUCUGGAA